UUUACAUGCUUCAGCUGAGAUAAAAGCUGUCUCUGUUUACACAGUAAGUCAGUACACAGUUCACUCCAGACAAACAAACAUAUAUUGGUGAUUAUGGCAUUUUCACUGUCAGACGCAGUUGAGGCGAUGAAUUUCUUUAUAUUCUUUGCUCUACCUGGCAGUUUGUAUGAUGCCAUUGUUCAAGUAAUAAUCAUAGCAUCAAUACUGAUCCUAAUAUGGUACCUCAGACUGCCUCCAAACCUACCACCAGGACCUCUCCCUAUACCCAUAUUUGGCAGUAUAAAGAGAAUCCGGGGAGAGCACAUGGACUUUCAGUCAAUGUAUGAGGAAUAUGGAAAUGUAACAUCGAUGUAUGUAAAUGAAAUGUUGAUGGUUGUGAUAAGUGGUCCAAGGGCAGUAAGAGAGGCAUUGGUACAAAAUGCUAAUGUGUUCGCAGGGAGACCCCCACACAACUCAUUCAAUCGAUGGAAACUCUUCAGAAAAGCAUUUUUUGGUAAGUCCUAUACAGAAGAAUUCAAAAGAGAAAAUAAACUCAUGGCCCAGAUGAUGCGAAACUUCACUACACGCUCGAAAUCCUUUGACUCCAAGCUUCAGGAGACAAUGAACUCAGCUAAAACCUUCAUCGACAAAGAGGACAGCGCCUGCAUUAGCAUAGACCCAUUCUGUAGAAUGAUAGCUGCAAGUGUAAUGUAUGCCACAAUGUUCAAUGAACACCUAGACUGGGAAGAUUCACAGAGCAAAGUACAACAAGAAAUCAAACUGGUCAAAGAUUAUUUCAUUACAGUUUGGAAAAUGGUCGCAAUCAAUAAUAUCAAGCUGAUUGGUCCAAUUAUAGGACCAAUUGUACGACAUGUUCCAUUUUUACCCCUCAAGAAACGUAUUGAUCGUAUCACAGCUGACAUAGAAAAUCUAUUAGACAAGAAACUGAUAGACCAUGAAGAGACUUUGAUACCAGAUGACCCUAGAGAUAUUGUAGAUUCCCUUCUAAUAGAGGCAAGUGAUCAACAAAAAGAAGAGACUAAAAAACUAUCCAUGAAAACAGAACAAUUGGAACAAUUUCGCUCUCUGCUUGUGAUCUUCUAUCCCGACCUCCUGGAACAGGUCCCUAGCACACUAAAAUGGUUAAUUCUGUAUGCCGCCCAAUUUCAAAACUACCAAGAUAAAAUAUUUGAUGAAAUCACACAAACCACCGAUGGCAAUCAAAGGCCUGUGAACCUAGAUAUGAGAAAGGACAUGCCAUUGACGCAAGCAUUUAUACUGGAGGUUCUGCGUCACAGAGGGAUAGGUGGUGGCACUGCAGAACACAGUGUCACGGAGCACGGUGUAACACUAAAUGGAUACAACAUUCCGAUGAAAGCAAAGAUAUAUUUCAAUCUAUACUCUGUGUUACACGAUGAGAAAUCAUGGGAGAAUCCUAGUCAGUUCCAUCCAGAGAGAUUUCUGGCCCCAGAUGGCUUGAAGGUGACAGUUCCAGACACAUUUGCCACAUUUGGAUAUGGUCAUCGCGCAUGCUUGGGGAAACAUAUGACAAAGAUGGCAGUGUUUAUAGUGUUGACUUCCCUAAUUCAAAUGUACAAAAUGGAGAAUGUCGGUGAAUCACCUUACCCUGACAAACUAAAAUUUCAAUAUGGUGGUACCCCUCUUGGUGAUUUUAACAUCAGGUUUAUAGACAGGGAGUAAUACCAGAGAUGUAUUAUAUAUGCGGUACCCUCAAAAAUACUACCAUCUUAUUUUCAAAUAACUUUCUCAAAUAAGGUAGAAUCCUAUCCUGUUUGGCUGUUAAAAGGUAUGAAAGUAUAUGAAAAAAGUGAUUUCUGUUAAUCUCAGUCAUUGAUAGAAUAUGACUGCACCACGAAGAUCCAAACCAUGAAGAGAUCCUAUCAUAUUUGAGAAAGUUAUUACAAAUAUUGCACAACUUUUCAUCCAAGCAGCUAUUACAUGAAAAUAAAAUCAAAAUAGUAAUGCAACCUAAUUAUCUGCAAACUGUGCACGAGAGAGGAACAUGUAGAGUUUUAAUGUAAUAAAGACUAAUG